AUGCCUCCACUCGUCAUGUCCACUCAACCAUCACAUUUCAACAUAACAACAUUAGGUCCAAUAGAUCCUUCACUCGCUCAACUCUCAAAACCUCAACCACCACCUCCUAUAGAUCCCAGUCUCUUUCAGAUCGAACAGGUCGUCAAUCAUGUACGGACUGGUAGCCGAUUGGACCCGAACACGCUUCAACCUACUUCAGUUCAAGAGCAGGAUGGAGGGGUCGAGGAGGGGACAAUUGGAGAGGAGAUAGGACCGGGGAUAGAUCAUUCGGCUUUGGCUAUGGAAGGAGAAGAUAUAGAUCCUGCUUUGAGGGAAAUAGUCAAUUCUUUGACCAGGGCGCAGGAUACUCAUAGGAGAGAACAACAACAGGCCGAACAGGAUACCACCGGUGUCGAAGAAGAAGCCCUGCAUCAAUCUCUGCAAAGCACAUUAGACGAUUUGACCAGUGGAGAAUACCACGCACUGCUUCAAGGAUUACAAGACCCUCAAUCACCUUACCUCAUAGAUCCCCACCCCGACUCCUCUUCAAACGCUGAAGCCGGACCUUCCACCAUUCCUUCUAAACGCGGACGCGGUCGACCAAAAGGUUCGAGAAACAAACCCAAACCAUUCGCCGAGAUCAAAGUGAAACCACCCAAACCGCCUUCGAAACCAAGAGGUCGUCCUCUUAAAACCCGUCUGCCAGAAGAUCAAGCAGAAUACGAACAACGGAAACAAGACAAAGCCAUGGGUAUCCAACGUGCUCGAGGUAGACCGAGAAAGUUUCCGGGAUAUUUAGUCAGAGAAAUGCGUUUGAAACAUAAUCGCGCUCAAUUUAUGGAGGUCAUCCGACAACAUGAAGAUCGUAAUAGAACGUCAGAAUCUCAAAACAGGGAAGGAGAGAUACAACGGGAAGAUAAUGAAGAAGGGGAUGAUAUGGGAGAGGAGAAUGGGGUAGGUGAGGAGUACGAAUGGGAUAUGGGCCAAGGACAUAGUCUUUUGGACGUUGUGGGACUUCAACAACAGGGUAUUGAGGAGGAUGCCGGUGUACCAAGUGCGGAUGUUCACUUGGAUAGAGGUGUCAUGAGGGUUUUCGAGCUUCCUCAAUGA